AUGCCCACGGAAGUAGUCGCGCCCAUUGUGGUGAUGAUCGAGACCAUGGCUGCACUGUCGCCCACUGAGUGCGUUGACUGUAAGAAGAUCGCCAUGAACGGGUACCUGGUCUUGGAUCAUAGUGCAGGUUCAAUAUCCUCAAGGCAGAAUAGCAUGGAGAUUAGCAUGUCGAAGCCCAGAGACCCGUUGAUGAGGAAACUCAGCAUGAUGGAGCGGGGUAAGAUCCUGCAGGACACAGAUCUAUGA